UUUUUUUUUUUUUUUUUUUUCCUCCAGCAGUUAAAAUGAAAAAAAUCAAGCAAGAAAAACAUUCCUUAAAUACAGAAGUGAAAAAAAAGAAAAGAAAGGAUAUGAUGGCUAAAGCAGCAGCUAAUUAUAUAGAUAGCAAACUCCAUAUUGAGAAUAAAUAUGCUUCCUUAAUUUCGCUUAUUGACACAAUUUAUCCACCUUUAAUGUGUACUCAAUGUGAUACAGUGUCGCCCUCCAGAAGCGCAUCGAAUCAUCAUUUUAAAGAAAGCCACAAGAAAAAGGCACGAUAUCUUUGUAUACACCCUCACUGUGAACAAAGUUUUAUAUCGCGGGGAGCUUUACGUUUUCAUAUUUCACGUUCACAUUUGGUUAAUUACUCAAGAAAGCCAUUACCUGAUCCACCUUUUUUAACAUUAAACAUCAACAACCUCAACAAGACAAUACAGAACCCACCCAAACCUUCCAGCAUUAUUCCACCAAAAAAAAUAUCACCUAAAAAAGAAAAGAUAUUUACAUCACGAUUAUCUAUGGAUGAUUUGACACCUUCUCCUCCACCUUCACCAUUUUCAUUAUAUCACUCUAGAAAAAAUUCCCCCAACAAAAAACCAACACUGUCUCCAAGUGCAGAGAGUUUUUUAAAUACAAUGUAUCCACCUUUACAAUGUCCAUCCUGUUUACAAGUAUUCAAUCGAAAAACAAAUGUUAUUAAACAUUUAACCGAAGCUCACUUGGGUCAAGAACCUUAUCGUUGUAUAUAUCCAAAAUGUGCUCAUCCAAGAUUAUAUGCUACUCGUGAAGGUUUAGUUUAUCAUAUUGUACGUGUUCAUGAUGAUGAAUCACAAAUAAAAAAAUAAUCUUAUAAUAAUAAAAAUAUCUUUCAAGCUGUCCAUUUUAAACAUCGAGUUUCUGUAUGUGUUGAUAAACAUUUCGUUGAACAAUAUUUCAUACCACAUCUCAGACACUUGUAAUCGCUGGCGAAUCCACAUACUGAACAAAACCGUCUGGCUGGGUAUAUUGAAGGUGAGACUUGACAGGUUUGAUAACAAUGGGCCGUUACUGGACUUUCUUCUAAAAGGGAAUUGAGGUUGGUCUUUGUUGAGUAUAUGUUAUGUCCCCUCGCUGUUCUUGAUUUACGUGAAGUGCCUUACAAAAAAAAACAUUUUCAGCUUUCAUAACAACCAAUGUUUAAUUUUUUUUUUUGUCUACCUUCAUCCUCUUGCGCUGAUAA